GACUGAUGUGUUACUGAAUAAUCAUUGUGAGUCUUGGAAUAUGUGCAUAUUAGGUGCUAGGGUGAAGCCAAUCAUUAGCAUGUUUGAGACAAUAAGGUGUCAACUGAUGAUUAGGUUUCUUAAGAAAAGAGAUUUUGCCGAGAAAAACUUCAACUGCCAAUUUUGUCCAAAAAUUAUGAAGAAGAUAUAUGCUUCUAAGCAGGCCAGCUUUGGUUGUAGAGCUCUGCAUAAUGGUGCUAACACAUUUCAAGUUCGGUGUCUAGAAUGACAAGUUGUUGUGGACUUGAACAAACACACAUGCACAUGUAGGAAGUGGGAUUUGACAGGAAUACCAUGCUGUCAUGCAGUUUCCUGCAUAUUUUUUAAGGGUUAGAAGGUUGAAUCCUACGUGGAUAAGUACUAUGAGGUUUCCACGUACAUUAAGACCUAUAACUACACGAUGGGAUCUAUGGUUGGAACGGAAUCAUGGAGAGAAUCUAACCAAGACCCUGUGAUACCCCCAUAUGUGAGUACUGAUGCAAAGUCAAGAAGGGGGAGGCGCAGACUAAGUAGGAGAAAGGGCACAGAGGAGUUAUUAGAGGGUCAAGAAAAACAGCCAAGAAAGUAUAAGCCUAACAAUACAAGAGUGAGGAAGAGCAAGGGGACUAUUCAUUGUAGUCCAUGCGGUUUAGAAGGUCAUAACAAGAGGGCACAUCAGAAUGAGCAAGGAAGUCAGCAAUCAACUGCUGGAAAUGAACAACUAGAGACCACAAAUGAACAUUUUCAGGCUGGAAAUGAAGCGAAUGCGGCUGAUCUUUGGUAUUCUGGAGAUACUACUCGUAGGUCUGACACGCGAUAUGCAAACCUUGCUGGGUUGGCAGUUCGUGUACUUUACCCACAUCAAACAUCUGAAGCUGGAACUAGUAACCAUCAACCGAGUAAUCCGGUUCAUGCAGGUGCAACUUGCCGAGGAGAAGAUGUUUGAAGAAGUACCAACAAGUUGAGUUUAAGCUAGCAUUUAAGGAAACUUUUGAUCAAUCUUUUGCUGAAACAGUUUCAGUAAACAUGUAAUAGCUAGCUUUUGAUCGAUCUUUUGCAGAAACAGUUUCAGUAAACAUGUAAUAGCUAGCAUUUCAGGAGCUUUUGAUCGAUAUUUUGCAGAAACAGUUUCAGUAAACAUGUAAUAGCUAGCUUUUGAUCGAUCUUUUGCAGAAACCGUUUCAGCAAACAUGUAAUGGC